AUGAAUACGCGACCAGCCAUCGAGGGUCCUCCUACCCGGACGACCCUAUCGGCAUCCUUCAAUAGUGACUCCACCUGCUUUGUGGUUGGAUUAACUUACGGAUAUGCAGUCUUUAUGAGCCGGGAUUGUGUUAUGAGAACAACCUCUGAUCUGAGGUCUGGGGUCGGAAUCGCCAGCAUGAGGGGUGUUAGCAAUGUGAUUGGACUUGUUGGCGGUGGUCAGCCUGCUAGAUGGGCCCCUAACAAACUCAUACUCUGGAACGUACAAGCAAACAAGGUCUACCUGGAGAUCAGCACCUUACUGCCAAUCCGUGGCGUUCAGAUGUCAAUGGAACGGACAAUAGUCGUACUGAAGAACAGCGUACGCGUCUACAAGUUUGACAAGAAACCAGACCUCAUAACAUCAUAUGAGACAGCCGACAACAUUUUGGGCCUUGCUGAUCUUUCGGUAUCGGGAGACAUGCUAGCCUUUCCUGGAAGGACACCGGGACAAGUGCAGCUCGUCAACUUUGCCACUGAUACUGUCCGCAUCAUUCCUGCACACUCCUCCACUCUCGCAGCCAUCCGGUUCAGUCCAGAUGGAAGACUAGUGGCUACAGCAAGCGAGAAGGGGACACUCCUCCGGGUGUUUUCAACUGUUACAGGCGGGCGUGUGAUCGAGUUACGGAGAGGGCUGGAUCCUGCAAAGGUCUUUUCGCUUCGCUUUAAUCCAACAGGAACCAUGCUGGCGUGUACCUCGGAUAAGGGCACACUACACUUAUACGACAUUCCAUCAUCAAAGAGCGGCACCGACAAUAACACUGGUAAUACCGGCGCGCAAACUGCGGCUAAUACUCCAGGGGUGGGAUUCUCGGAUAGUGAUGUUAUCGUCAAGUCACCGACGACAAAGGUGGGAAACGCGGGAAACGGCGAAAGUUCCACCACAAACAACUCAUCUACAAGAUGGGGUAUUCUCGGUCAACUGCCGCUGAUGCCCCGUUACUUUCGAGACGUCACAUCCUUUGCGCAGAUCACGUUCGCUUCCGUCGAUGAUUCGCCCAUGCCGACUACCUCUGCCAACAGCCCAGCAAACAACGCAGAAGACCUCGUUGGGGUCUCCAGAAGGGUGGGCAGUUCCCGGAAUGGGCAGCCAUUAUCUUCUAGCAAAGAUAAUGAUUAUUCCAUCAACAUCAAACCGAACAAAGGCGAGAUUGGCUGGCCUACAGAAGAUGAGAUAAUCGUGAUUGGAGCAGGUCACGAUGCGCGGUGGGAGAGGUUCCAGUUGGUUCAAGAGCAAACGGGGGAGAGGAAUCUUGUUAGGUCAGGAUGGAAGCGAUUUAUGACACAGAUAUGA